CCAUCUUGGCCCGAGUACUUCAUUUCCCAUGCGGCCCCGCGGCGGGGGGGGGGGAGGCGGUGUCCGCCAUCUUGCCGCUCCCUCCUCCCCCGGUGCGGCUGGAUUGAAUGAGCGCGCUGCCCGCCCGCCCGCGAGCCCAGCGCCAUGUCAGGCACCCCGAGCCGCGGCACCCCCGGCGGGACCCCGCUGUCACCCACCCGCAUCUCCCGGCUGCAGGAGAAGGAGGAGCUGCGGCAGCUCAAUGACCGCCUGGCCGUGUACAUCGACCGUGUGCGGGCGCUGGAGCUGGAGAAUGACCGGCUGCUGGUGAAGAUCUCGGAGAAGGAGGAGGUCACCACACGGGAGGUGAGUGGAAUCAAGAGUCUCUAUGAAUCUGAACUGGCUGAUGCUCGAAGAGUUCUGGAUGAAACUGCCAAAGAGAGGGCCAGACUACAGAUUGAAAUAGGAAAACUGAGAGCAGAACUUGAGGAGUUCAACAAAAACUACAAGAAGAAAGAUGCAGAUUUGUCUGUGGCUCAGGGUCGCAUUAAGGAUCUUGAAGUGCUGUUCCAUAGAAGUGAAGCAGAACUCAACACUGUCCUGAAUGAGAAACGUAGUCUGGAGGCAGAGGUGGCUGAUUUGAGAGCCCAGCUUGCUAAGGCUGAAGAUGGCCACGCUGUGGCUAAGAAGCAGUUGGAGAAGGAGACCCUCAUGCGUGUGGACCUGGAGAAUCGGUGCCAGAGCUUGCAAGAGGAUCUGGAUUUCAGGAAGAAUGUGUUUGAGGAGGAAAUAAGGGAGACAAGAAAACGUCAUGAACAUCGCCUGGUUGAGGUGGACACGAGUCGCCAGCAGGAGUAUGAAUCCAAAAUGACUCAGGCCCUGGAGGAUCUGCGAAAUCAACAUGAUGAACAAGUCAAGCUGUACAAAAUGGAGCUUGAGCAGACCUAUCAGGCCAAGCUGGAGAAUGCCAAACUGUCCUCUGACCAAAAUGACAAAGCUGCUGGUGCAGCUCGAGAGGAGUUGAAGGAGGCUCGCAUGAGAAUAGAAGCUCUCAGCUACCAGCUUUCUGGCCUUCAGAAACAGGCCAGUGCAGCAGAAGAUCGUAUUCGUGAACUGGAGGAAAUGAUGGCUGGCGAGCGGGAGAAGUUUAGGAAGAUGCUAGAUGCAAAGGAGAGGGAAAUGACAGACAUGAGGGACCAGAUGCAGCAGCAGCUUACAGAGUACCAGGAGCUGCUCGAUGUUAAAUUAGCACUGGACAUGGAGAUCAGCGCUUACCGCAAGCUCCUGGAAGGAGAAGAGGAAAGGUUGAAGCUGUCUCCAAGUCCCUCCUCCCGUGUGACAGUCUCUCGGGCUACCUCCAGCAGCAGCAGCAGCAGCACUUCACUGGUUCGCUCUUCCCGAGGCAAGAGAAAACGGCUUGAGACAGAGGAGCUUUCAGGCAGUGGAACCAGUGGGAUUGGCACUGGAAGCAUCAGCGGCAGUAGCAGCAGCAGUAGCUUCCAAAUGUCCCAGCAAGCUUCAGCUACAGGAAGUAUCAGCAUAGAGGAGAUAGACCUGGAGGGCAAAUAUGUUCAACUGAAGAAUAACUCAGAGAAGGAUCAGUCUUUGGGUAACUGGCGACUGAAAAGACAAAUUGGAGAUGGAGAAGAAAUUGCCUACAAGUUUACUCCUAAGUAUAUCCUCAGAGCUGGGCAGACUGUAACAAUUUGGGGUGCAGAUGCAGGAGUAUCCCAUAGCCCCCCUUCUGUUCUCGUGUGGAAGAAUCAAGGCAGCUGGGGCACCGGAGGAAAUAUCCGCACGUACCUUGUCAACUCCGAAGGAGAGGAAGUUGCAGUGAGAAGUGUCACUAAGUCAGUAGUUGUGCGAGAGAACGAAGAGGAAGAGGAUGAAGCAGAGUUUGGAGAGGAAGACCUUUUCAACCAACAGGGCGAUCCCAGAACAACCUCCAGAGGAUGCGCUGUGAUGUGAAGAAAGAAACAAAGAAAAUUACUGUUUGCUUCUUUUCCCCAUUUCUUUCUUUUUAUUUUGGCUAUUUUUUUCCCUCCAGAGCCACUGAAAACUAUUUUUAUAUGCAUCAUCUGAUUUCUUUGAAGUUUACUCUUGGUACAUUUUUAUAAAAAGAAAACACAAAAAAAACCCCUUUUCCUGAACCAAACUGCCAGAGUUUUUAGUAGAUUUUUCCCCCUCACCUUUGUUGAAACACUAGAGUGGAAUGUUGUUUUUUUUCCCAUAUCCAGAGUUUAAAGUCUUAUGUAUGAACCUGCAGCAGAAAUGGGUUGAGAUUCCUGGAGUGUGUGGUAAAUCUAUAAUUGCAGAUAUAGCCAGGAUAAAUUCCAAAAGGAAGUUUAGGAAAGCAUGUUCACCUGUAGGGCCCCAGGAGAGAUUCCCACAAUGUUACUACCAUUGCUUAAAUCAUGGAGGAAUCUUGCCUGGUAUCCUCAGCAGUGCCCAGCUUAGGAAAAUUAGACCCAACAUUCAUGUAAAAGUGCUCCUCCAGGGAAGGAACCAAAGGGAAGUUGUGCUGGAGACUUGGGACCAGAACAUCUUGUCCUAACCUAAGGUUUGACACUGGUACAAAUAUCUGAGUGUCAACACCUUUAGCUCCGUAUCAUUAUUCCAGAAGAUUGAGGAUGAAGGCUUCUGCUUACUGAAUAUACACUACACCUUAAGGUGUGGAAGUGUCCAACCCAGAGUUUUAACUGUUUUGUUUUGGGGGGAUUUUGACAUUGUCACCAAUGAGACCUUGUUAAAUCAUGGAUGCAGGUUGUGAUGUGCAGUCGUUACGACAUGAAGUAUCAUGAUUUAACACUUUUGACAUAUUCAGCGUUAAGCAGAAUGAUGAUGAUUUUGGAUGUUGAAAAUGUUUUUACUUUUGGCAAUGAUAAAUAUUAGGGAUUUUAAAGGGUAUCCUGCAUAAAUGUCCUCUUUUUUUUAAUUAGAGCUGGAUGCAGCUUGUCCAUACUUAGAGUCAAAGGGGCAUUGUCAGGUAUCUUAAGGAGCAUUUACAGAAUACUACAGAUAGUUUAAGAACCUCUUUAAAAAGCUAAGAGGAACUGCUGCUUAGGAUGCUAGCAUUGCUUUGUGGUGUUCAAAUGCUUAAAGUCAAUUCUAACAGGAAGUGAAGGGACAAUAAUGCUUUUUAUAAUAAAUGCUUUCUAUGAGUAGCAGAUGGUUUUUGGUUCAGGAUGAUGCAUUCUGUGUCUGACAGUGUCCCUUUGAAUUAAGGUUUCUUCUGCUACACUCCUCUGCAAACUCUUGACUCCUAUCAGGGUUAGUAUUCCUACAGUAGCACAUCUUUAAGCACUUGGAAAAGGCCUUGACUGCUCCAAAGAAUGUAUUUGCUACUGUACAAGCAAAUGUGGGGUUUUUUUCACUAGUUAUUAGCUUUGGAUACAAAAUUUGGAUACCAGUUGAUGCCAGCAUAGACUCCUGUUUUUACCUACAUUCUUGAACUCUGAUCUUGUCCUUCAAGUAGUUUAGAUUCAUCGAACAAGCUACAAGGUUUGGGUGUUUUCGGUGGCUUUUGGACAUUAUGUUCUCUGAACAUUAUUGUGACUGACAGAUAUAACCUAGAAAGUCAGUUUAGUGGCUUUGACUGAUGGCUUUGUAAUGCAAGCAGGGUGGGAACAAAAAGGGGGGGGGUUAAGCUUAUGGAUUUAUUUUGCCAUUUAGAAAUAAAUUAAAGAUGCUACUUUCUCUAUUUGAGUGGGAUGACUGAAGUCCAGAAAUUAAUGGGUAUUUACAAUUACAUUGUAAACCAUUAUCAGAGAAUCCAUUACAGAAAAGUGCUAUGAAAGUUUGGCUGUUUGGGCUAAUGGGAUAACUCCAUUGAUGUACUUGGCUGGUUUUCUAAGGUAAUUUUCCCACUCUGCUUGAGUAGAAGGUUAAAUAUGUAGUAAAUCACGUCUCUGUCAAAUGUAUUUAGUGGAAUUAUGUUUCUCAGACAUACUGUGAUCAAUUACCUUUUCUAAAUUAGGUGUUAGACAAAUGAAUGCAAUCAAUGUAAAAGCAUUUUUGCAAUGCACCUUCCAACCACUGGACAGCAUUUCCUUUUCUGACCCACAGCUUCUAGAACAUACUUUAAAUGAUGGUUGAGGGCUUUUUGCCUUCUUUUUUUUUUCUUCUUUUCCCUAAAGAUCUGUAUUUAUGUGUUUGAUUUUUUUUUUUACAUUGGCCAGUUUUCAGAUUGCUUAUUCUGCUUUAAGAUUGUCCUGUAAACUGUUCUGGGAUCUUUAAAUCCUAAUGCAGUGAGUGUAUAGUUCAUUCGUAUUUUUUCCUGUGAUUUUUGUUCUUUUCUCCUGUAAAGAACGGGCUGGGAAAGGCAGCUCCAACGAGGGAAAACCUCUUUGCUACCUGAGCCAUAGUUUUCUUAACAGCUACUGUAUGGGGAAUGUGUCGUCUUGCAGCCUUAAGGACUGGUGCUUGCAGAUCUUGUGAUGGGCACUGUGCCCUUCAGGAACAGUCUGCAGGCUACUGAAAAUCUGAUCCAUGGUUCCAAGCUGUAAAUUACAAGACAUAGAAAAACUACUGUAUUCCAUGGACUUUUUGUUGCAGGUGCAUUUUCUCGGGGUGCCAUCCUUUCCUCUUGCUUUUGACGCUGAGCUUCAGUAUAACAGCACUAUCCCUUUGGAGCUGGUGCUCCAUCCUGGGAGGUUUUUUGGCUUUACCAAACCAAAAAGCAUUGCUUUGUUGUGGGUUUGUUUUUUAUUUGUUAAUUACUUUUUUUGUCUUUCUAGAAUUUAUUUUUUCAGGGUAAUGGAAGUGUCCCCUUGCCUUACUUCUUCAAUCCUAUGUGUACACCACUCUAGAAUUUGGAGCGUAGUCAGUGUUUCUUCUCCAGUGUCUGAUACCUGGUGCAGAGCUUGAAGGAGAAAGAUUUGACUUGUCAGGAGGCAAAGUAUUUUCAGGCUUUUCUGAUAAGGGACAUUAACCAGUAAAGCUUUUAUCAGAGUAGUUACUUGAGUGUAACUACCCCCUAUGGAUGUUCUUAUUCCAAGAAAAAUAAGCAAACAACUUUAUUCUGGGUGGAAUAGUCAAAAUGAUUCCUAAAUAAUUCUCAGUGGUUAAGAGGGGGAAGGAAUAACAGUAGAACUGCUGCAGAAUAGUUAAGGCAGUCCUUACAUUGUGUAGAUCAUAAGAUCAUAUAAAAUAUGAUAAGCACACACCACCUAAUCCUAAAUUAGUAAGUUGGUACUGUAUGACAACACUUGUGUCCGAAUAACUCAUCCUUCUGCAGAACCAUUGGGAACGUGACAUCCUGCAGAUGGUUAUAGAGAGCCUCUGACAUUUCAUUCCCUUCUUUCUCCCUCACUUACUUCCAUAUGAGACUUUACCUGUUGUGUUGCAGUGAUUAUUUCCAAGUAACAAUGUGGCUGUGAUUCCUGUGUGUAGCUUUAUUUCCUGGUGUGUCUACUUAGGCUGCUGCUACUCCAGAUUUGCCCUGACAGCGCCAAUAGUUUACACUGAUGCAUUCGAUGGCUCAUCUGCAGCGCUGGUUUGCCAGUAGAUGGGAAUUGGCUGGCAGAGUCUGUAGCAGGAACCAAGUCUCAGGAAGAAAAUAAACCUCUGCUUCCCAUGACCUGUAAUGUUAAAGCCAGAUGGACUUGUCUGCAGCUUGCAUGGGUCAUGACAGUUGUAUUGCAGUGUGAAGCAGACUGUGUACUGUGAAAGGAGAUCACGUUUAUCCUAGAGCAACAGGACACCUCAUGGUCAGUUCAGGGAUUUUACUGGGGUUUUUGUACACCCUCUUUUUAUGCUUCUCCUGUAUAAAGGCCCUUUAACUGCAACCUGAACAGAGGAUAUAGAAGAAGCUUGUAGAAGCCCUCUCUACACCCCAGAACAUUUGAGAACGUUCCUUCGCUGUGAAAGGUUUUGAUGCUGUGUGUUUUCUCUCUCCUGUAGCCACUUCCUCGCUCUUAAGCCAUUCUAUCCCUUCUGUUUGUAUCUUCCUUUGAAAGUCUUAUCUCUAAACAAAGGCAUAUCCAUAUUUGAUACUGGAUUUCAUUGCCACUGUUGGGUCCAACCCCCGUGUGCACAGGAAACAAAGCCUUGUUGUAAACCAGUGAGUGGAAGGUGAGAUGACGAUUGCAUUUGGUUCAAAGCAUUGUUUUUAGACAAAUUCUGUUGGAGAGUUUCUUUUCUCCCUUACAAUGGCCUGGGAAACAGAAUUUUAUUUGCCCUUCAAUAUUCUUUGCUUUAAAUCGAUUUUAAAAUAAUUUAAAAGUGGUGGUUUUUUUAUACAAGACCAUAUUUACAUGCAAUUAUUAUUUGUAAACGUAAUGCCUUUCUUGAAAUGCUAAGGUCUAGACAGUGAAAAGGAUGCUUAAUAUUCAAAGAAACAAUGAACGGACUUGGAGUUCAGUUUGAACUUCCAAAACGGGUUUGAACUUCCAAACUUCCUGCUUUGUUCAUAAUAACUAUUCCAUGUUGAUCAAAGGUAGAUGUGAUUGUGUAUUCCAGAAUCACUACACUAAAAAUGAGAAGCAGUAAGCUCUUUGAAACAAGUUUAAGCCAAAACGCUACCCAUCUGGGCACAAACUACAGUUCAACAGUGAUGCCUUGUGACUUGAAUUGUGAUUUAUUGCUUUUUAUUCUUUUUCCAUGUUUUUAAACACAAUCUCUGUGUAGAUGGCUGUUGUUCUAGGUCACUGCUGGGGUUCACUGGCUUCUGGAUCAGCUGCUGCAGAAGAGUGUUUGGAAGGUUCAAGUUGUUAAAAGGAGUUGUGAAAAUGGUUGCAAAUUGAAUUGGAACAGGAUUAACAAGUUCAUAUGGAACUUGUGAAAGCUAGGGAAUGAUCUAGACUUUAUCAUUUCAAAGUGGUUGUUUGUUUUUUUUCUUUUUAGAAUAUGCAUGCCAAAAGUCUUGUCUUUUUUCAAUGAUUUGUAAUAUACAUUUUAUGACUGGAACCUUUUUGUACAACACACUCAAAUAAAUGUUUUGCAUUUUA